AUGUAUUACUUCGAGAAAGUCAUCUUGAGGCAUAAAGGUGACCGACCGGCCACUCUGGGCAACAACACUUUACUCGUCGACUGGAUGCCCCUCCUGGGACAUCCAAAGAUUAAACUAUUUGUUGCUCACGGGGGAACCAACGGAGUUCAAGAGGCUAUUUAUCAUGGAGUCCCAGUUGUGGGUCUACCUGUGUUCUUUGACCAGAAAGACAACCUGCUCCGUCUGAAAGAGAGAGGAGGAGCUAAGAUUCUUACAUUAGCCACAGUGGACAAAGACAACAACUUCCUAGAAGCAAUACAGGAAGUCUUGACUGAGCCCUCCUACAGGCUGAACAUGCAGAGACUCUCCAGGCUGCACAGAGAUCAGCCAAUGAAACCACUGGAGACUGCCCUCUUCUGGAUAGAGUUUGUCAUGAGACACAAAGGUGCAGCUCACCUGAGAACGGAGUCCCACAGACUGCCCUGGUACUCCUACCACUCUGUAGAUGUAGUUCUGUCUUUCCUGGCUGCUGUUGCAUGGAGUAAAAGUGGUUUGAACCUUGAAGAGCACGAUGGUCUCAAGCUGUUCAAUCCGCUGGUACAGAUUCCGACCUAUGAGUAG